GACCUUUUCCCAUAUACGAUCGGCUCUCUCCCCUGAAUACCCAAAUCGACAGAGCCUUCCAUACGUCACUCGAAAGUCGAAAUCCCUAGGGUUUUAGCUGGUUUUAUGUUCCAUUCCUUAAUCAUACACUUCUCUGAUUCUUCUUGAUUCGGGUUUUAGGUCAACCAGAUUUUGUUUUAUAAAAUGUCGGUGGCACCUCAGGCUUUCAGUGGCAACCUCAAGAAAGCAGUUGCUGGUAUAAGACGCAUCAAUUUGGAAGGAUUGAGAUGGAGAGUGUUUGAUGCGAAGGGCCAGGUUUUAGGGCGAUUAGCAUCACAAAUAUCAACAGUGGUUCAAGGAAAAGACAAGCCUACAUAUGCACCUAAUCGUGAUGAUGGGGACAUCUGUGUUAUCCUUAAUGCUAAACACAUCGCUGUCACUGGGAGAAAACUUACUGACAAAUUUUACCGAUGGCACACUGGGUAUAUUGGGCACCUGAAAGAAAGGAGUUUAAAGGACCAGAUGGCCAAGGAUCCUACAGAAGUCAUCCGCAAAGCUGUCCUUCGCAUGCUCCCAAGAAAUAAACUUCGCGAUGACAGAGAUCUUAAGCUGAGAAUAUUCCCGGACAGCGAGCACCCAUUUGGGGACAAGCCGCUUCAACCGUAUGUGAUGCCACCUAGACAAGUCCGUGAGAUGCGUCCACGUGCAAGGCGGGCCCUCAUUAGAGCACAAAAAAAGGCAGACCAACAACAACAAGGUGCUAACAAAAUCAGCAAAGGUAAAAAGAGAGAUGAAACACACAACUCACAGCUCACUGCUUCUGCUUGAUUCAUUACAAGACACCAGACCACUUCUUUUUUUCAUUAGCUUCUUCUGUUUUCUGUUUUUGUUUGUAUUCAAUAAAUGAACUUUGAAACCAUCACAAUUUUUUUCUUCAUAUUAUGCCAACAAUUUUAAAUCUUAUGGGUAUAUCAAUAUUAAUGGCUA